CUUAACCUAAAUUCGUAUAUGUUUAGUGGAACGAUUAUAUCAAAAGGGGAUCAAACCAUCGACCUAAUAUUGCGUUCUCUACAUUUUGUCUUGGCUCGGAGCUCGGUGUUUCUUCUAUUAAUUAGGUUAGAGCCCCGCUCAAUAACCCCCACAGACCAUAUCACCCCCUCGCCAAUCUUUCUGUUUGCUUCGGGAAUCUCACAAUUUUUCACGCCAUAUAAACAAAAAAUAAUUUCCCAGUCAUCAAUUCUAUUUGGUUAACAACCCUAUAAAUUGUUCCAAGUUUUCCUCCUUGGUCGAUUCUUUUAUAAUCAUUUAUAUCACCCAACUGCAAUGCAUCGCCCAGACGCAAACAUUCCUGUCAAACCAGAAUCACCUUACCCAAUCUACGACCAAACCUCAAUCAUACUUGGCUAUGGCCGUGGUGCUGGCGAAUUAGGGAUCCCCACAGCCAACAUCCCAAUCAGAAAGGAAAUCAGUCACUUGCCUACUGGAAUCUACUUCGGCUAUGCCAAACUCAUACCACUCACUGGCGAAAAGGAUGUAACCAAACUGAGAGCCACUAGAUAUGGCCAUCAUGAGCAAAUCUUGUUCAACCAUGGUAACAAGUUGAGCGAAGAGGAUUUGGAAGUGUUGCCUGUGGUCAUGUCGCUUGGAUGGAACCCAUUCUUCCACAACGAAGAAAAAGCCGCUGAGCUCCAUAUAAUCCGCAAGUUCAAAGAUACCUUUUAUGGUGCUGGUGUGAAAUAUGUGAUUUUGGGAUACAUCCGCCCUGAAUUGGAUUAUGUCAGUAAAGAGGCAUUGAUUGAUGAUAUCAACAAGGAUAUUGAAAUUGCAAAGAAGGUUCUUUCAACUGAGCAAUACCUUGCCUUCAAGAAGGAAUUAUUAGAUUUUGUUCCAUACGAUUGAUUGAUUGAUUGAUUGCUUACGAUUUCUAUGGAUAUAUUUUAUAUGCACUCACUGUAUAGUUUUUAUUUCUGAAAAAAAAAUAAAUUGCUAUUAAUUGAUACAUUUCAACCGACGUUAAAGUUAGACAUGUAGUCAAAGUAGGCGCAACCUAUACCUGCAUGGAUGUAAUAAAACGCACGGUCUAGAAUUGCCUGUAACUUAGUUCGCGUAUGCACUAAAAGGUACCGCCUGGAUAUGUUGAAUGUUUUUCAGUUAACAAUGAACGUUACUGAUUGCAAAAUAGUCAAAACAGAAAAAAAUAUUUCACCAGCCCCUCAAAUCACUGACUAAAAAUAUUACUUGAAAUUUAUCAAUGACCUCAACCGCAACUAUAGCCCGUUCUUCGGUAAUAUAAAUACUUCUCGAGGGUAAGGCACAACUAAACACAUAUAGUGGAUUCGUACCAUAAUGUUUGAGUCACCACUACUAUCUUUGCUAGCUUUGCUAUUGUUUUGCUUCAAUUCAGCCCUCGCGCAAGAAUUAGACGACAAUCAAUGUUUAAUACCUCAAAACUCAAGUGGAUCAGAUAUAUGUUUGUAUAUACGACAGAACUGUGAUGUGUCAUAUUUCAAAUGGUCUGAAUUGUACUACUGUUCGCCCCACUACCCAUCAUGGAUCUUAAUGUCCAUACUAUCACUAUUGAUUCUAUUGGCAUUGACAAUCAUCUUAAUAUCAUUGAGUAUAUUGGUGUCUAACUAUUUGUUUCGAAAUCUUAAUGAGUUCACCUAUACCCUCGGCUUGAAUAACCAAAUAUUAAGUUUCAUAUUAGUUCCCUUAACCAACUCAUUCCCCGAUUUGAUCAAUUAUUAUGUUGCUCUACAAUCUGGCUCGUCAGAUUUGGUCAUUGGUCAAGUAGUGGGAUCGAUAUUAAUCAUGUUUACGAUAAUCAUUGGUUUAAUCAGUAUCUUUAGUCGUGAAUUCAAAGUGGAACAACCUAAUUUGCUAACAAUCGACUUGAUUUGGGUCUUGCUUGUCCUUGGAUCAUUUCUGGUUAUUCUCUCCGAUGGUAAAAUCACGUUAGCUGAAAGUAUAACCAUGGUAUGCAUUUAUGCCGUGUAUAUCCUAUUCCUAAGCUUAUUUGACAAGGAAAAGUUGCGGGAUUUUGAUGAAGAACUCCUUAUCCAACAUAAUGACCAUGAACACAUUCUUGAACAACCCUAUAAUAUCGAAGAUGCAAUCAGCAUUUUAACAAAUGAAGAACGACCCGUGGUAACCAGGGGCAAGAGUUUCACAUCAAUGAGCUCUCUGCAUUUGAAAGCCAGUCCAACAAAUUCACGUAAAUCGUCCCCCUUGCGAAAUCUUCAACUGCCACCACCACCACCACAAGUUGACGACGAGGAGGAGCAGUUAUUACCAGAACCUGUUUCAGACUAUCUUAGUGUAGACUAUCAAUGCCGUCGAACUCGUUCGCUUGAAGUUUCCAGUGAUAUUGAACAAUAUAGUGUGGCUGCAAGUACCAGUUCGGAAAAACGAAAUCAAUUUUCAAUCACCAAUAUUUUUGGAUUCGUUUUCAAUGCUAUUGAUUUCAUACUAUUUUUUAUUAUUCCCAUCCACCAUUGCUGUGAUGAAGAAGACGUAUGGCACGUCAAGUCACAUCUUAUGCAUUCUUCAUACUUUAAAUAUUAUUACUUGAUCCAAGUUCCUGUAUUAAUUAAUUGGGAAUUUUGCAGCCUACCAUGGGAAUAUGUCAUACCGGGCAUAAUCUUUAUUGAAAUACCAUUGGCAUUAUUAUCAUUGAAGUUCAUUAGUGAAGAUGUUAAAGCAGUCAUUAUUACCCUGGUCGGUAUAGGUAUUAGUUUAUUGACUGUUUCCUAUUGCUCACUAGUUAUUCUUGAGCUACUUAAAAACUUUGGUUUGAUUUGGAGAAUCUCAGAUUAUUUACUUGGACUUUUGGUGUUUUCAAUAAGUAAUUCUAUAAACGACCUCAUUACAAAUUUGACACUUGCUACAAGAAUAAAUCCGAUUUUGGGGAUAAAUUCUUGUCUUGGAACUCCAUUACUUAUAAUCUUACUUGGUAUUGGUAUAAAUGGAAUCUAUGUCGUCACUAAAACCAAACAACCAAUUACAUUUACAUUGAGUCAUAACGCUAUUAUAAGCACAGUGGCAUUAAGUAUUACAAUAUUGUUUUUGUUGUUUUAUUUGCCAUGGAACAAAUGGCAUUUUGAUAGAAAAGUGGGGUUGAUUCUAAUUGGUUGGUAUUGUUUGAUUAUGAUUAUUAAUAUGUAUUUAGGAUAGUAUCGUAAUUCUUUAGUGUUGACGGCUUCAUGGACUUGUUUAAUUUAUUACAUGCAUCUUCAU